AUGCUGAAAUCAUUAAAUCAAUUUAUACAGUUUCUAUUCAUACUUAUUCUGGUUGCACGUAUCAGCGUCAGUCAACCGGGGGAAUCUAGGAAUGCUACGAAGUGUUCAACCAAAUGUGUCAACGAUAUGGAGAAACUGGCUCAAUUAAAGCAAGCGUGUAAAGCAAUGACUUUGUCAAAAUGUUGUCCACACUUCGGUGCAAGAACGGAGAAGAUCCCUAAAUCAAGAAGGAAAUGCUUCCGUGUUGAUACUCAUCUAAAUUCAACAAAAAGUGAGUGUGCUCAACUCCUUCAAAAUACUACAUUGCAAAUAAAGUCGUGUUAUACAUUUGUUUAUUUUUGCAUUUACCCGGACUGCGUAAAAUUCCCAGAACAAGAGAUAAGGAACGCUGGUGCUCAUUCCGUUCAAAAGAGAGGCGUCACGGCACAGCCGAGUGAACAAAGUACAAAUCACACAUCCACAAUGAAAACGACACAGUCGAGUCCAACAACGUUUUUUCAACAUUGUAAGAAUGCUUGUUAUGUUGUUGCUGCUGCUGGAUUAGCAGUAUUGAUUCUUGUUGCAAUAGUUUUGUUUAAGUAUUGCAAGAGGGGAAACUCGUGUAGUAAAUUCAUUUAUACAGUAGAAGUACGGCCAACUUCUCUGACUACAACACCUGUUCAAUAUAAAGUUCAAAAUAGCCCUAUAUUUUGUGACGCAGAUGUCUUUCAAUUCCCAAGCAGGGAACAACGCUCAGAAAUUUCGGAAACAGUCGAGACAGAUGUCGAUGAACCUACAAACGUUGAAGGUAAUUCAGAAGAUGAAUAUUGCUAUCCUGAAAAUAUUGAUGAUGAGUAUGAAACUAUGAAUCCAGGCAAUCCACCUCAAGUCAGUGGAGAGUAUGCGUACGCGUAUGAUCGUGCAAAUAUAAACGCCGGUUUCAGUAUGAACACUUUUCCGCGCAAACGGCCAACAGACGGAGUUGAGGACGAUGAUGAAUGCCCGCAGAACAGCCGGAGUUCUUCAGAUAACGAAUAUGUUUAUGCGUAUGACUGGCUGGAUCCUGAUGCUAGAGUGGCCGCAUUGAGCGCCAAUGAACCUGUGCUGCCAUAUAUCUGUCUUGACAAACGUGAAGUGGACGACAAUUGUUAUGAAAAUGAUCAAACAUUGUUGCAAAAUAGUCUUGAAAAAGAAAUAGUACCUCUUGAAUACGUUACCGUUGCGUGAAACACGUCAAUGUUUGUAAUUAAAACGCGUUAAAGUUUAAAAGUAUUAUAAUGUUUUGUGGAAAUGAAUUGAUGAAAAAUCCAUUGUUAGAAACAUAACUUCCGCAGAGUGGACCUUUGUGUAUACCAACUAUAGUCGACACUUUUGAGAAGAAAAAUAUUAACGAUUAUAAAUAAAUAAUUAAAUUAGCCGAAAAAUAAUCGUUAAUCAAUCACUGCUUGACUGGCAAUUAAAUUCGAUAAUUGCAACGUUGAUUAAAUUAUUGCUCUUAAAUUUCUACUUCAACGUAUCUUAUACGUCGAGCGAAGAAUGUACUUUUAUAUAGAAGUCAUACGAUAUGGUUUGACUGGA